AUGGAGCAAAACUUCGGCUUCAACAACCACAACUGCACCACCAACGACCACAACUGUGGCCCCAACAACCACAACCUCAGCACCUACUACCACAACCUCAGCACCAACCACCACAACUGUGGCUCCAACUACCACAACCACAGAUUCACCCACUACAACUAUGGCUCCUACAACCACAACUGCUACUCCCUCCACCACAACUUCGGCUCCAACAACCAGAACUACAGCACCAACCACUACAACUGUGGCUCCAACAACCACAACCGCACCAUCAACCAUUACAACUAUGGAUCCAACAACCACAACUGUGAACUGCAGCAUCAACAACUAUGCACCUACUACCACAACCUCAGCACCAACCACCACAACUGUGGCUCCAACUACCACAACCACAGCAUCACCCACUACAACUAUGGCUCCUACAACCACAACUGCUACUCCCUCCACCACAACUUCGGCUCCAACAACCAAAACUACAGCACCAACCACUACAACUGUGGCUCCAACAACCACAACCACACCAUCAACCAUUACAACUAUGGCUCCAACAACCACAACCGCACCAUCAACCAUUACAACUAUGGCUCCAACAACCACAACCGCACCAUCAACCACUACAACUAUGGCUCCAACAACCACAACUGCUGCUCCCUCAACCACAACUUCUCAACUUCGGCUCCAACAACCACAACUGCACCACCAACCACCACAACUUCGGCUCCAACAACCACAACUGCACCACCAACCACCACAACUGUGGCCCCAACAACCACAACCUCAGCACCUACUACCACAACCUCAGCACCAACCACCACAACUGUGGCUCCAACUACCACAACCACAGCAUCACCCACUACAACUAUGGCUCCUACAACCACAACUGCUACUCCCUCCACCACAACUUCGGCUCCAACAACCAAAACUACAGCACCAACCACUACAACUGUGGCUCCAACAACCACAACCACACCAUCAACCAUUACAACUAUGGCUCCAACAACCACAACCGCACCAUCAACCAUUACAACUAUGGCUCCAACAACCACAACUGCAGCACCAACCACUACAACUAUGGCUCCAACAACCACAACUGCUGCUCCCUCAACCACAACUUCUGCUCCAACAACCACAACUACAACACCAACCACUACAACUAUGGCUCCAACAACCACAACUGCUGCUCCCUCCACCACAACUUCUGCUCCAACAACCACAACCUCAGCACCAAUCACCACAACUGUGGCUCCAACUACCAGAACUGCAGCAUCAACAUCUAUGGCUCCGACAACCACAACUGCUGCUCCCUCCACCACAACUUCGGCUCCAACAACCACAACUGCUGCUCCCUCCACCACAACUUCGGCUCAAACAACCACAACUGCAGCACCAUCCACGACAUCUUUGGCUCCAACAACCACAACUGCUGCUCCCUCCACCACAACUUCAGCUCCAACAACCACAACUGCUGCUCCCUCCACCACAACUUCAGCUCCAACAACCACAACUGCUGCUCCCUCCACCACAACUUCAGCUCCAACAACCACAACUGCUGCUCCCUCCACCACAACUUCGGCUCAAACAACCACAACUGCAGCACCAUCCACGACAUCUUUGCAACAACUGCAGCACCAACCAUCACAUCUCACCAAUCACCACAUCUGCUGCUCCAACAACCACAACUGCUGCUCCCUCAACCACAACUUCUGCUCCAACAACCACAACCUCAGCACUAACCACCACAACAGUGGCUCCAACAACCACAACUGCUGCUCCCUCCACCACAACGUCUGCUCCAACAACCACAACCGCACCAUCAACCACUACGACUAUGGCUCCAACAACCACAACCGCACCAUCAACCACUACAACUAUGGCUCCAACAACCACAACUGCAGCACCAACCACUACGACUGUGGCUCCAACAACCACAACUGCUCCUCCCUCCACCACAACUUCACUUCCAAUAACCACAACUGCAGCACCAACCACUACAACUGUGGCCCCAACAACCACAACCUCAGCACCAACUACCACAAACUCAGCUACAAGCACCACACCUGUGGCUCCAACUACCACAACCACAGCAUCAACCACUACAACUAUGGCUCCAACAACAACAACUGUUGCUUCCUCCACCACAACUUCUACUCCAACAACCACAACCUCAGCACCAACCAUCACAACUGUGGCUCCAACUACCACAACUGCAGCAUCAACCACUUCAACUAUGGCUCCAACAACCACAACUGCUGCUCCCUCUACCACAACUUCGGCUGCAACAACCACAAUUGCAGCACCAACCACGACAUCUGUGGCUUCAACAACCACAACUGCUGCUCCCUCCACCACAACUUCAGCUCCUACAACCACACCUGCUGCUCCCUCCACCAUAACUUCAGCACUAACCACUGCAACUGUGGCUCCAACAACUACAACUGCAGCACCAAUCACUACAACUGUGGCUCCAACAACCACAACCGCACCAUCAACCACUACAACUAUGGCUCCAACAACCACAACUGCUACUCCCUCCACCACAACUUCGGCUCCAAUAACCACAACUGCAGCACCAACCACUACAACUGUGGCUCCAACAACCACAACCGCACCAUCAACCACUACAACUAUGGCUCCAACAACCACAACUGCUACUCCCUCCACCACAACUUCGGCUCCAAUAACCACAACUGCAGCACCAACCACUACAACUGUGGCUUCAACUACCACAACUGCAGCAUCAACCACCACAACUUCGGCUCCAACAACCACAACUGUUGUUCCCUCCACAACUCAGGCUCCAACAACCACAACUGCUAUUCCCUCCAUCACAACUUCUGCUCCAACAACCACAACCUCAGCUCCAACCACCACAACUGUGGCUUCAACUACCACAACUGCAGCAUCAACCACCACAACUUCGGCUCCAACAACCAUAACUGCUACUCCCACCACCACAACUUCGGCUCCAACAACCACAACUGCUACUCCCUCCAUCACAACUUCGGUUCCGACAACAACUGCAGCACAAACAACUACAACGGUAGCUCCAACAACCACAACCGCUGCCUCCUCCACCACAACUUUGUCUCUGACAACCACAACGUCAGCACCAACCACCACAACUGUGGCUUCAACUACCACAACCGCAGCAUUAACCACUACAACUAUGGCUCCAACAACCACAACUGCUACUCCCUCCACCACAACUUUGGCUCCUACAACUACAACUGCAGUACCAACCACCACAACUGUGGCUCCAACAACCACAACUGCUCAUCCAACCACAACUGUGACAACCACAACUCAUGCCCCCUCCAUCACAACUUCGGCUCCGACAACAACUACAGCACCAUCCAUUACAACCAUGGCUCCAACCACCACAACUGCUCAACCAACCAUCACAACUAUAACUUCAUCAACAACAACUGCUCAACCAACCACCACAACUCUGACAACCGUAACUACUGCCCCAACAACAAAAUCUACACCAACUACUACAACCAUAAAGCCAACCACAAAAACAACAACAAAAUCUACACCGACUUCUACAACCAUAAAGCCAACCACGACAACUACAACAAAAUCUACACCAACUACUACAAUCAUAAAGCCAAUCACAAAACCUACAGCUACUACUAGAACCACAACCAGUAGUGCAUCUCAGUUCAAAUUAGGUCUGCUCCAUCUGCUUUUUGGACUGCUUAUUUUCAUUCUCUAACUGAUAAACUAAAAUAAAUAAAAUGUUCAUGUGAUUUAUGACUUGAUUAACUUUAUUUAACAUGAAGGGAUUGUAUACUAGAAGAAAGCUUUGAAAUCAGUGCAAAUGUAUAUAUUUGUCCUUGACAUACAGCAAUAUUAUUUUCAGCAAAUAUUUGAAUGUAAUAUAAAUUAAGAUAUUUAUCAAACCAGUUAUUGUUUAUUCCUUUUUUGUUUAUGUGACAGUUGUUUUCUAUAAUCGUAUUUAUGCAUAAGCAAAUUCAACAUGUUGGUUACUUUUUGAUGCAAGUGAAUGUUUUGAAUUUUCAGCUUUGUUGCUUUAUAAGAAUGACACCCUGUAAUGAAGUAGUAUUUUACCUUUAAAUAUUGUCAUUAAUUAAUAUUUCUGAUGAAUUUGAAAAUACAGAUCAACUCUAAACAAGGUA